UUCAAGGUGCAUUAUGCAGUGUGGCUAUUUGGACAGAAGCUGCAUUUAAAGAGUAUAAUACUAUAACAAUAGCUGUAAAGCAGCAAUUGGGUAGGCAAAAAAAAGAAAUUGAGGAAUAGAUUGCAGCACAAGCUAAGACUAACCCCCAAAUUUCUUCAUAGUUUAUUUAUAAUGCUGAUUCAGUAGAGGAGUCAGAGUUUAAAGACCCACUCUAUAGGGGCACAGAUGACACAGCUCAAUCAAGUCAGUGACUGAUACAGAAUAUGGUUCCUAAAUCUUUACUGAAAAUUCAUGUGAACAAGGCACCAGGGCCUGGGGAAAUACACCCUGCGGUACUUGGAGCACUUAGUUCAGUUUUAGCCAGGCCUCUAUUUCAGAUUUUAUAACACUUAACUUUCAUCUAGUUUAGUACCUGUGGAUUGGAAAAAAGCGGAUUUAACUCUUAUAUUUAAAAUGGGAUUACAAUUUCAGCCUAGCAAUUACAGUCUAAUAAAUUUGGCACUUGUGGGGGGACAAGUUACUUGAAAGUUUAAGGGAUCUCAUUAAAGAUUAUAAUUGUGUUCUCUGGGUGACAGGUGAGACUCAGUGUUGAUAAAUGUAAUGGGAUGUAAAAAUAUGAAAGCCACUUGGUUAUGAAGAAAAACUUGCCAAGUUGGGGUUGUUUACACGAGAAAAGAGGUGCUUAAGGCAUAAGAUAACUAUAUAUAAAUAUAUAAGGGGAUCCAAUAAAUAAUCUCUCUAAUGCUUAUUUACCAUUAGGUCCUUACAGAAUUCAGAUUUAGAAGAAAAGAGGUUCCAUCUCAAUAUUUAAAGCGUUUUUUUACAGUGAGAGCUGUGAAGUGGAAUUCUCUCCCUAAAAUGCUUGUACUGGCAGAUACUGUAGAUUAGAUAGCUUCAAGAAGGGGGUUGAUGACUUUUUAGCAAUUGGGAUACUACAGGUUACUUAAAAUAGCUCUUUGACAUAAAAGGUUGAGCUCAUUGGACGUGCAUCUGUUUUUUGACCCAACACUUCCAGCUUCUGGCUCCUCCAUUUAUAGAUUUGUGCCUGACCCGCUCAUUUUGUGAUGUCACUGCGGGGUGGAUACAGGUGUUUAAAUGGAGCAGCCAUGUUGGGUGAAGGUGGUUAGGGUUGGGUGCGCAUCACUACUACUAAGUGCUAACUUUAAUAUAUUCAAUACCAUCUAAGAGUAUAAAAGAUACUCAGUCAGACUUUAUGCUAAACAGCUAUUUUCAUUCUACUAUUGGCACAGGCCCCCCUGCAACAACAAAAAUCUUCAGAGGGGCCCGGUGCACUCAGACCCAUUUUCCCGGCUAGUCCACUCCCAGACUACGCUCACUCCCGCCAGACUUGCAUCCCCCUUCCUCGGCCACAGGUAAGAGAGAUGGUGGAACCAAAGCUGAGGGAGACAAGUCUGUUCCAGCAGACGUUGGCAUUGUUCUGGAAGAACCUGCUUCUGAAAUGGAGAAGGAAGUGGCACACUACCCUGGAAUGGCUGCAGAACUUGGCCUUUCUGUUCCCAAUGUUUUUACUAACUGCUUUAGAUCAACCUGCCGCCACACCAUCACUGGUUCAUACAUCACCUGCACGGGUCCUUGGCCCUUUGGAUGCAUUUAACAAUUUCUCCAUUGGAUAUGUGCACACCACCUCUACAUCCAGGGAUAUUAUGGAGAAGGUGGCCAAAAGCAUCAUUAUACCUGGUAUAAAGGUCCAAGAGUUUGCGGAUAAGGAGGAGCUAAUGGAGGCUUUUAAUAAUAUGUCAAUGGUUGCAGUCACCUUUGUGGACAAGUUCAGUUACCAAAUCCAAAACUGGCUGCACUUAGUGAAGCAUCCAAACGAUUAUUUUUCUGUUAUGGGUACAUGUGUUAAUAGCUCCAGAGCCUGCUAUUCUACGCAUUACUGGUCAGAAGGCUUCCUUUCAUUGCAAGCAAGUAUUGACUCGGCUAUUAUUGAAUUUACCAGCAAUCAUUCUGUAUGGAACAAUAUGGCUUCUAUCGUGGCAAUGAAGAUGAAAUCUGCUGAACAUCAGUCAUUUCUUCAAUUUGUGCAUGUUGGAACAAUCAUUUUUAUCAUGCCCUUGUGCUAUGUCUCACUGAUGUACCUCUUAUCCUUGUAUAUGACAAGAGAGAGGUAUGAAAUGAAGGAGAUACUAAGAGUAAUGCGGUUGAAAGACUUAGCAUUUUGGUUAUCCUGGGGAUUGCUUUAUGCCUGCUAUGUAUUAAUAAUGGCCAACCUGAUGACUCUGGUCACAAAGCAUUUCAUAUUUGUAACAAGUUCCUAUGGCAUCAUCAUGCUUCUUUUCUUCCUUUAUGGAAUAGCUUUGAUGUCAUUCACCUUCAUGCUGAGUGCCCUGUUUAGGAAUCCCAGAGCAACAGCCAUUGCUGGCUUUAUUGUCACACUCUUACUGUCUGCUCUGGGUCUCGUCGUACUAUCCAAGGAUCUUCCUAAAGCUCUUGAAGUGUUAUUGAGUAUCUUCCCCCAGUUUGCCUUUGCCGUUGGAUUAGUUCAGAGUGUUCAUAUGGAGAGUGAUCUGGAAGGCAUAUAUUUGUCCGAUUUGAUGGGGGCUUCUUCUCACGUGUUAUCCAGCUUUAUCAGUCUUGCUCUCGACUCUGUAUUUUACAUGAUCCUGACAUUGUAUUUAGAAAAGGUUCUGGCAGAUAAGCAUGGCGUUAAGCACGAGCCAUUGUUUUUCCUGAAAAAGUCUUAUUGGUCCAAAGAGAAAUCGUCUCCACCAAUGGUAGGAACUGACGAUCGUGAUGAAUCCUCCGUGGGAGACUAUGUUGAAAAAGUCCCUACCGAUAUGCAUGGAAAAGAGGCCAUAAGAAUCCAUGGAGUUAAGAAAACCUACUCUGAUGAUGACAAGAACACUGAGGCUUUGAGAGGUCUAGAUCUAAAUAUCUAUGAGGGGCAGAUUACAGCCCUGCUGGGUCAUAGUGGAGCUGGUAAAACAACAUUACUAAAUAUCCUUAGUGGAAUGUGUCCGACUUCUGGUGGAGCUGCAACUGUCUACAAUUAUAAACCCUCUAACAUGAGUCACUUGGAAGAGAUCAAGAAAAGGGUUGGAUUUUGCCCACAGGUCGACAUAAAGUUUGACCCUUUAACGGUGAAGGAAAAUUUAACUGUGUUUGCAAUGAUUAAAGGGAUCCCAUUAAAUCAAAUAGCAGACAAGAUACGGAAAGUUCUGUCGGACCUGCAGAUGAAUGAUAUGGAAAACAUAGAAGCUAAUAAAUUGAGUGGAGGACAAAAAAGAAAACUAACUUUUGCUAUUGCUAUUUUAGGAGACCCACAGAUCCUCCUACUUGAUGAACCAACUGCUGGUUUGGACCCAUGUUCAAGGCACCACAUCUGGACCAUUUUGAAAGAGAACAAGGCAGACCGAGUCACACUCUUUAGCACUCAGUUCAUGGAUGAGGCAGACAUUCUUGCUGACCGAAAGGCUGUGAUCUCCAAAGGAAGGUUAAAAUGUGUAGGAUCCUCCUUGUUCCUCAAGCGAAAAUGGGGCAUCGGGUAUCAUUUAAGGAUGCAAGUGUCUCCUUCAUGUGAUGCGGAACUUAUGACAUCGAUGAUUAAGCAGCACAUACCUAAUGCUAAGCUCACAGCACAAAAUGAAGAGGAGUUUACCUACACCUUGCCCUUUGAAAAUAUGGAUGCUUUCCCAGAUUUGUUUUUACAUUUGGAUAGCCAAGUAGGAAACAGCAUAGUCAACUAUGGAGUCUCCAUGACAACGCUGGAUGAUGUAUUUCUGAAACUAGAAGGGGAAGGAGACUUAGAAAGUGGAGAUUAUGAUGUUUUCAGAGCAGAGUCCAGGACAACUGAAGACAGAGAGGAUUUUUCAGCUGAAAUGGAAGAGUCACUUUUAUUGAUGUCGGACUCCGGAAAUGUGACACUUAGUGGCUUUGCUCUGUGGAGACAGCAAGUAUUGGCUGUUGCAAGGAUUCGCUUGCUGAAGUUAAGACAUGACACUAAAAGCUUCAGAUCCAUAUUGUUACUUCUUGUUCUUUUUAUUUUACCUCCAGUUAUAAUUAACAUAUUGGCUAGCAUUUACAGUCAAUAUGAAUGGGAACUCACCCCAAGUCUCUACUUUCAAAGUCCCGGGAAUCGACUGAACAAGUACUACACAGACCUACUGAUUUGUAACAACACUGGUUCAUCUAUUGAAGACUUUGUUGGUGCAGUGAAGGAACAGAAUGUUGCAGUGUACGUGACCAGUGGCAAAUAUGACAUGGACACUGUAAAGUACAGAGGAGCCAUUGAGGUCUCUCAAGCUGAAAAGGGCUACAAUUUUACCAUUGUGGGAAACCCCAAGUCACAUAACUCACUACCAGUGCUUCUAAAUAUCAUCAGCAAUGCUCUUUUGAAGGUCCUAAAGGUCUCAGAACACAUCCGUGUGUGGAACCACCCAAUACCUUUGGGUUAUAUGAAUCGCUUUCAUACAUCAUAUCUAACAAUGUCAUUUUUCAUGAUUUUUGCAACUGGUCUUUCCCCUCACAUUGCAAUGAGCAGCACCGAGGACAACAGGAUCAAUGCCCGCACUCAGCUGAGGGUUUCCAGUCUCUUUCCCUCUGCAUACUGGUUUGGCCAAGCGCUUGUGGAUGUCAUUCUUUAUUGGAUUUUACUCUUCCUGAUGUUUAUAUAUUUUGCAUUUAACAGCUUCUUACUAUUGGAUUUUGUUCCUGCUAUGGUGAUGAUCACCGGCAUCAUUGGAUAUGGCAUGGCAAUGAUCCUGUAUGUUUAUGUCAUCUGCUUUAUUUUUGGAAAAGGAAAAAGUCACAACGACAGCUGGUCAUUAUUCUUUGUUAUAACAUCUUAUUUUCCAGCUAUGGCAAUGGGUACCUGGAUUUUUCCGAAGCUCUAUGUAUUACUCAUCAUUUUUCCUGGGAGUGCUCUAAAUGGAAUCAUGGAAUACACUCAAAAGCUUCAGUUUAUUCCAGAAGAAGAAGAAGCAGACGCUACAGAGAUUAUCUUGCUGUGUAUACCAUACCUGCAUAUCAUCAUAUUCUUUGGGCUACUUUGGUUUUUGGAAUGGAGGUUUGGGUUGAGAUGCCUGACUAUAGAUCCCUUAUUCAGAAUCUCCAGAAGACAAAUGACCAUCAAGAAAAAUCCAGAGGAGCUGAGUGAUGAUGUGGAUGAAGAUGUGUUGGCAGAAAAAGAGAGAGUCAAAAAGGCAGCAAAUGUUACCAAUGUGGAAGAGAAACCGGUGAUUAUUGUAGACAGUCUGCGCAAGGAGUAUAAAGUCAAGAAAGGAGGAUCCUUUUUCAAGAAAAACAGAAAAGCUGCCACUAAAAACAUCUCGUUUUGUGUCAGGAAAGGUGAGGUCCUGGGAUUGUUAGGACCCAACGGAGCUGGAAAAACCACAUCCAUGUACAUGCUGGCUGGAGAAGUGAAGCCAACUGCAGGAGAGGUAGUACUCUGCGGGAAUGUCCCAGCCGAGUCCCCUGGUAUUCUUGGCUACUGUCCCCAAAACAAUUCUCUAUGGCCCAAUCUCACAGUGAAAGAACAUCUGGAGAUCUAUGCAGCUGUUAAGGGCAUGAAGAAGGAAGAUGCUGGUGUUGCAAUCAGACGAAUUGCCGAAGCCUUGGAGCUUAAAGAGCAUAUGGAAAAAGCAGCCAGAAAACUGUCUCUUGGCGUGUCCAGAAAGGUGUGCUUUGCCAUAAGCAUGUUAGGUAACCCCAAUAUUGUCCUUCUGGAUGAACCUUCUACUGGGUUGGACCCCAAAGGUCAGCAGCGUCUUUGGAGUGCAAUAAGAGCAGCUUUCAAAAAUAAAGACAGAGGGGCAAUUCUGACCACUCACUACAUGGAGGAAGCUGAGGCUGUUUGUGACCGGGUGGCUAUCAUGGUGUCUGGGAAGAUCAGGUGCAUUGGAUCAAUCCAACAGCUGAAGAGCAAGUUUGGAAAAGGCUAUCUCCUUGAGAUUAAAGUAAAAGAGUCUCACCAAGUGGAUCAGAUUCACAAGGAGAUAAUACGGAUAUUCCCUCAUGCAGCCAGGCAGGACAGAUUCUCUUCCCUGCUUGUGUAUAAGAUUCCCAAGGAUAAUGUGCAGUCCUUGUCUCAAGUUUUUCUACUGCUGGAGGAAGCGAAACGUGCCUAUAACAUUGAGGAAUACAGCUUCUCCCAGUCGACCUUGGAACAGGUGUUUAUUGAGUUGGCCAAAGAGCAGGAGAAGGAGGACUUUGGACUGAACAACACAUUUCAAUGGAGACACCUGAGGACAGAAAGUAUCUGAGGAAACAAUGUGUGACAUCUGGUCGCUGGGGAUAACCGCCAUCGAAAUGGCCGAGGGAAAACCACCUUACGAAGAUCAAUACCCAGUGGAG